AUGUUUGCGAAUAUAAACAAAAGUGUUUUCUUCUCACUACGAAACCCGGAUAUUUCCAAUGCCAUUCAGCGGUUCUCCGAGGACAUCAGCAGCGAGCGUCAAUCCUACAACAACUUCUCGCCUCUGAACCUGACCAUGUCAUCCCUUCCCCCCGGCCAACCCUCGCCCCGGCACAGCUGGGACGCUCAAACAGGGGAGACCAUCACCUCUGUAGAUUCGAACAACUCGUGCGUCCUCGGAAAUGCUGUAGGUGAGCACUCUGCAACAACACCGCCAUCCCCAAAACUGUUGAAAAAACCCGAGUUGACAUUUUCUAUAGAAAGAAUACUUGGGCUGAAUUCUUCUCGAGGCUCAGGACUCACCCCCUCAGACAGAGCUACCAGGGAGUUUUCUCGGGAAUCCCACUCUGCCUACGACGCAGAUUUCAAUGGCGAUGAAGACGAUCUCGACGACGAUGACGAAACGAUAGACGUGGACGAUUCUGGUCCUGCUGGACAUGGGCAUGAACAAAGCAGUUUGAUAUUCCAGGGAGAGUUCUCCUCUCCGCCCAGAGAACAGGAGACGCCCAAAUACCAGUGGCUACAGUGUACCCGAUACCACCCGCCCAAACUGCAGAGAAGCAAAAAGAACGAAGGCACGAAGAAGCGCAAGCUGGGCAGGAACCCUCGUGUCCCGUUCACCCAGCACCAGGUGGUAGUCCUGGAGGAGAAGUUCCGGCGCACCCACUACCUCAGCAGCAUGGACGUCGCAGAGCUGUCAGCCGCUCUCAGCCUCACCGAGACACGGGUCAAAAUCUGGUUCCAGAAUCGCCGAGCCAGGGAGAGAAGAGACAAAGAGGCAACACAGCGAACCCACAACACAAUGGUCCAGAAAGCCUUUCAGCCCCUGUCUAUCCCCACUGUGGCUUGGCCCAUGCCUUCUCCGAUGACAUCAUCAAAUUAUGUGCAAUACCAGCAGGUGCUUGAGUUCCGCCCCCACUGCCUCACGUCUGCCUUUGGCCUGUACAACGCCAACAGUGGAGACAAAGACAAUACGGUGCUUUCUUGUAGAGGGGAAAGUCCGCCGAGUACCGUCAGCUGA